ACUCCUUUGUUUAAAUUAAAUCCCACACGGCGCUGUAGCGGGCAAGGAGGGGAAGAAGAAAUCGAAAUAUCCCGCUGCUUCGAUCGCCUGCUUUGAUCGCCGUCAUGAAGAGAUCCGGGGCGAUGGUGGCCGCCGCCUCGGCCGUCGCGGGCUCCACCGCCGCCCUCACCGCCGCCGCCUCCUACACUGCGGCGCUCUCCGAUUCCUCCUCCGAUCCCAAGUCCCAACCUCCUGCCCAGUCCGGCGAGAGCGAGGAGCAGCGGCGGUCGUCUUCCGCGACGGAUAGAUUUGCUCCGAGAUUCGAUGGAUUGCGGUUUAUUGAGACGCUUGUGACGGCUCAUCGAUGAGGAUUAGAAAGCUAGGAGUGCCCGCUCUCUCCUCUCUCUCUUCUUUCUUGGCGUUAGAGUAGCUAAACAUGUCUGAUGAUUGGUGAAAUGUAACGUUUGAUUGGCUGUAAUUGUAAUUAAUCUUGAGAAAGUGGAAGGUAUUUGCUGUGAUCAUUGUUAUGCGGAGAA